AUGGGGAGGGAUGAGAGGGUCCUGAAGCCUUGGAGAUCCAGAUGUGGCACCUGGAGUUUCCGAUCCAGGUUGAAUGAUUGGCCUGCAGUGGGAUGCGUCUUCUUUACAAGAGUCAGGGGGCAUGGCCAGCCGGUGUCCCCCCCCCAGAAGGCGGUGCUAAGUUUCAUUCACCAAAUACUGGCUGAGCGCCAACGCCUGACCGAGGUGGUCCCCGGGGCUGGGCUGCAAGCUCCGCCUAGAGGGGCCUCGCGGAGCCAGCAGAGUGCUGUGGUCCGGAAGCUCCGGCCUCUUGGCCCUGCACGUCUUAGGAGGACACGGCCUUUUACUCGCGGAGGCCGACAGAGGGCAGUGGCUGGGAACCCUUGCAAAGCCUGGAGGGGCGUGAUCCCCGACACCGUCCAGGCAGGGCUGCCCUCGGCACGGCGACCUGGUCUGCGUGGCGAGCGCGCCAGUUGCUCCCCGCACCCUUGGCGGCGGCCAGAGCCAGAGCCCGCGUCCCCGCCGGCCUGCUGCUUCUUCCUGGAGGGCCACAGCCACUACGGCGCCCACUGCCGCCCCCACCCUGGGGCGCCGGCGCCAUCGCACCGCGGGACCCGACCGCUUCCUGGGCAUGCGCGGAGAGCCUGUCAACGCUCCUGCCAGGACGCGCUGGUGCCGGCCCAACCACAGCACGGCUUCCGCGGCCCCACGGCCCGGGACCGCGCCGCGCCCACCGAACCCGUCUUCGGCUCAGGCUUGGCAGCCGGGCUCGGGGUGCCUGCCAUCCUGGAUGCGCUGCGCAGCGGGGACGGGCGUGGGGCAGAGGACACACACAAUGGUGAGAAGCAUGGAACGGGGGCACAGGAGGACCUGGGCACGGCCCAGAGGCGGCUGGCCGGGGCCGCCUAUCCAGGAGGGAGCAGAAAGCCGGUCUGGAACCCUGGAGAGCAAGGCAAGGGCAGGCACUUCACAGGACAGAGGGAGAAGGCACUGAAGCCAACAGUGGCCGCCAGGACCACCCAGUGCUGGCCUGGGAAGCACGGGCCCUGGCGGCCCCAGAGCCGUCUGCUGGGCAGGCAGCAGCAGAGUGGGGUCCUGGGGCCUGACCCAAGGAUGAAGAAACGCCCAUUCUGGCUAAGGCUAUGUACUCAUGCAAACCCCUCCCAUUUUGUGGCCCUCAUGGUGACCCAGCUUGCGCUACAGGCAGAAAUUGCCAAGGCCCAGCAACACCUGGUCCAAGUCGCUCCAUCCUGGCUGUUGCCCACACAGACCCUGCACCUGACACUGGCCCUGCUGCAGCUCUCGGGCCCUGGGGAGGCGGCAGCCGGCUCUGGGGCUCUGAGACAGGCCCUCUUGGUACCAGAGCUUCAAGCAGCUCAGCUGAGGUUCAGGGACCUGGUAGGCCUGGGCCGCCACGUGCUUUGUGCCCCACCCUCCCCCACACUGGCAGGUAUGGCACAAGUGCUGAGCCAGAGGCUGGAGGCCCAGGGGCUUCGUGUGCUACAGUCCCCAGGGUGGCACCCUCACCUCACACUGGCCAAGGUGCCCCAUGGUUCCCAAAUCUACCUACCCAAGCCUGGGUUAAGCCUGAGUCAGGAAGUAGGGAGCCAACCCCUGGGGAAAGCCUGGCUGUGCCCUAUGGGGAAGACAGGGGUCACGUACCGGCCGAGGGCUGAGAUUCCCCUGGAUUGACAUUCCCAGACCUGGAGGAGCCAAACUGGAUCCAAACACCCCAAGGAGGAAAGACAGUCCAAGCAGGAAGGACAAGUCAGGAGCAAGUGCUUUCUCUCUCUCUCUCUCUCUCUUUAAUUUUGGUUUCUCUCAAGCUUCCAAAUGGUGCUCAGUGCUCCAAGGAAAGAAUGAAGGAAGGAAAGGGGAGAGGAGAGGAGGGGAAGGGGAGGCAGAGGAGGAACAUCUGGAAAAAAAGCAGCCCGACAGUCCAGCUGUUUGCAAACUCAGCACAUCCUCCAGUUACAUGGCAGAAGAGGGAGGGAGGACCAAAAAGAAAAGGGGGAGGAAGAAGAAAAAUAACUUAAAUAAACACACACAAAAAGAAAAGAGAAGGAAACAUGACGUGAGCUGGUGAUCCAUGAAGGCGGGGAGGGAGGGGUAACCAUUUUACCUGUGCUGAACCAAGGGGAGAUGGGAAGCAGGAAGAGGAGGGAGGGAAA